AUGAUCAAUUAUGGAUUUCGAAUUUUCAUUGAUAAAACAACAACAGCUGAAACAUUAAAAUUAGAACAUGAUAAUACUUUGUAUAUCGUUUAUACAAAAGGUCAAGAACUUCUAUUUACUACACAUUGUAUUGUAGAUGGUUCUUAUAUAUUUAAUGUAAAAAUCAAUGAUGAAUCAUAUUCUGCAUCAUUUGACUUAAACAUACAUUUAGGUCUUCAAAGAAAUUGUUCAUCAAGCAGAAGAAUCGUGCCAUUACAUGAUGAACAUCCAUUUGAAGAUGAUUUUUUUCUUGGAAUUCAUCCAUCACUUUUUUUUAUAGAAGAAUAA